AUGAGCAUGUUGCUGAAGGAUAAUCUUCAUGCCACGGCUCUUAUGUUCAGGCUUCUCAGAGAACAUGGGUUUGCUGUUUCUGAAGGUGCAUUCAACCGAUUUAUGGAUGGGAAGGGCAACUUGAAAGCCAGCCUUCGCCACCAUACCGAAGGAUUGGUGAGCUUGUACGAGGCUUCCCAUCUUGCAAAGGAAGCAGAGCACGUGCUGGAAGAAGCUAUAAACUUUACAACUAAACAGCUCAAGAGCCUCAUGGAGGGAUCACUUGAGCCUCAUCUCAGGGAGCACGUAGCCCAUGCCUUGGAGCUUCCAUUGAACUGGAGAAUGCCGAGGUUACAGACCAGGUGGUUCAUAGAAGCAUCCCAGAGGGAAGCGAAGAUGAACCCUGUCCUGCUUGAAUUGGCUAAGUUGGACUUCAACAGGGUUCAGAACAUACAUCAGAGGGAACUCAGAGAAGUGUCGAGAUGGUGGAGCAAUCUUGGCCUGGCGCAGAGGCUUCCAUUUUCGAGGGACAGGUUGGUGGAGAACUAUUUCUGGACAGUUGGCUGGGCUUUUGAGCCACAGUUUGCAAGAUGCAGGGAGGCGCAGACAAAGGCAAACUGCCUGAUAACAACAAUAGAUGAUGUGUAUGAUGUUUACGGCACCAUGGAUGAGCACGAGCUUUUCACGGAUGCCGUCGAUAGAUGGGACGUUAAUGCAACGGGCAAACUUCCAGAGUACAUGAAGAUAUGUUUUCUUGCCCUCUUCAACACUACAAAUGACACCGCAUACAAUGUUAUGAAAGAGAAGGGUCUGGACUGGGCAGAUGUAUGCAAAGCACACAUGGUGGAAGCAAGGUGGUACCACCAGGGCUACACACCCAAUCUUGAAGAGUACUUGGAGAACGCACUAGUAUCGGUAUCGGGUCCCCUGAUAUUGACUCUUGAUUAUUGCACCAGUGACGAUGUAAGUCAAGAGACCUUGGAAGACUUCCACAGCCGUUCUGAGAUUGCAAGACGGUCAUCCAAGGACGAGCUUGAAAGAGGUGAUGUGCCCAAAUCUGUCCAGUGCUACAUGCAUGAGAGAGGUUUAUCGGAGUACGCGGCUCGUGACCAUAUUAGGCGAUUGAUUAGGAGGAAUUGGAGAGCAAUAAAUGGAGAUUGA